GUGAAAGCAAUGAGAUCAGUGUGGUCGGUGUAGCAUGUGGCGGGAAGAUAAAUUAGCGACUGCUUGGUACAUUCCAGAGGGCAUCCAGGUGUCCUGUGGACCCGACUACUACACUCUGGCUCCAGGCUACAACAACGAAUCAUACGUCAUGUACAUGUUUAUUUGCCACUUCUGCGUCCCUGUCUUCACCAUCUUCUUCACUUAUGGAAACCUGGUGCUGACUGUGAAAGCGGCUGCAGCCCAGCAGCAGGACUCCGUCUCCACCCAAAAGGCUGAGAAGGAAGUGACACGCAUGUGCAUCCUGAUGGUGAUGGGCUUCCUGGUGGCUUGGACGCCUUAUGCCAGCUUUGCGGCUUGGAUCUUCUUCAACAAGGGGGCUGCCUUCUCCGCAUCCGCCAUGGCCAUCCCUGCUUUCUUCUCCAAGAGCUCGGCCCUCUUCAACCCCGUCAUCUACGUGCUCAUGAACAAACAGUUCCGUAACUGCAUGCUGAGCACUAUCGGCAUGGGCGGCAUGGUGGAGGAUGAGACUUCUGUGUCAACCAGCAAGACAGAGGUGUCCUCUGUGUCUUAAGAUUGGCCAACAACUCAACAACUCCCGCAUGGACUCACAAUGUCUCCAAACCGACAAUGACGCAUUCUCUUGCCAAAAUACGGACAUAUCUCCAGGAAGUGGUGCAGCAUGGUUUGCCAGUGUCUAUGGCAGCGAUGCGGUCUUGUGUAGGACUCCCUGGGUGUCUUCCACCAGUCCAGGAUUGAACGUUUCUGACCUUUUAGGGCCACCAUACAUUCAUGUGUUGGACAAUAUAGAACUGAAACAAAUCCCGGUAGUCUUCCAGGAUUUGUUUUAAUACCUCAUCAUGUAAUUGUUUUCCAACAUACGGUACACUAUCAGCUGUGUAAAUGACAUU